CCAAAUAAAGCACGUGACCUGAAUCAUUCCUAUAAAACAGCACCCACCAGCGUUGACCACCACAUUUAACUGCCAUCGACAAGGCUGCACACACGCCGAGGCUUCCCGGCUCUUCUGAUCUGAAAGUAUUCCUAAAGAUCUUCGCCAGCCGGGCCCAUCCAUUCGUCACUACCAUGCCUCCUAAUCGCAACUCGGGUGGCAAGGCGCAUAGACGUAGCAAGCAGCAGAGCCGCUCUUCCCGAGCUGGCGUCACGUUCCCGGUGGGCCGCAUCCACCGCAUGCUCAGAACUGGAAACUACUCCGAGCGCGUGAGCGCCGCCGCUCCUGUGUACUUGGCGGGUGUUCUCGAAUACCUCUCCGCCGAGAUUCUGGAACUAGCGGGGAAUGCGGCGCGGGACAACAGAAAAUUGCGGAUCACGCCACGUCACCUGCAGCUGGCCAUCCGAAACGAUGAAGAACUCAGCAAACUGCUAGCUGACGUGACAAUCUCCCAGGGGGGAGUACUUCCCCUAAUUCGUCCGGAACUGCUCCCCAAAUCUAGCAGCGCCAAGACAAAGAAGUCGGGAGCUCCUGUAGCAGCUAGCCAGGACUUCUGAGUAGCUCUUAUCUUAUCAUUGUUUUUAUAAGGGUAUCUCGUUCUUCAUCUAACACAGUAAGGGACAUCUCUUCUUUUGAAAUAUAAUGCGAGCCUGCCUCUAAUGAAUAAAGUUUUUAUCCGCAGUGC